CACACACAGACACAGAGGCAGGGAUGGAAGACUUUGGGCCUACACUGGCAUCUGGGCCCACUUCUAAUUCUAAUUUACCUAUAAUGGAGGAGUCUAGUGCCAAACUGUUCUGCUGCCGCUGGGUAAGGCACAGAAUCCCCCUGGCACAUAGAGAGGAGCUAUACCACAUUCUCCGGAUGACUGGACCCUUGCUGCUGUCUCGAAUCCUAAACUACCUGCUUCCGUUUGUCAUCACUAUGUUCUGUGGUCGCCUGGGGAAUGCGGUGUUAGCUGGCUAUGGCCUGGCCUGCGCAACUAUUAAUGUUACGACUGCAGCAACAGGAGGUGGACUUGCCUUAGCAUGUGACACUUUGGUAUCUCAGACAUUUGGUGGUAAGAACCUGCAGCGUGUGGGGGUGAUUCUCCAGAGGAGUGUGUUGAUCCUGCUGCUCUUCUGUCUCCCCUGCUGGGCCAUGCUCCUCAACACCCAGUCUAUCCUGCUGGCUCUGGGCCAGGAGCCUGAAGUGGCCAGAAUAGCACAGCUGUAUGUCAUCGCCUACCUACCUGCAGUACCAGCUAUUUUCCUGCAUCAACUUCAGGCUUCUUAUCUCCAGAACCAGGGGAUAUUUCUGCCUCAGAUGUACACAGCAGCAGCGGCCAACAUCGCCAACGUGGUGACAAACUAUAUCCUGCUCUACUGGAUGGACCUGGGAGUUAUAGGGUCGGCAGCAGCUAAUACACUCUCCCAGCUCUACAUAUGUUCCUUCUUGUUUGCUUACAUUUGUUGGAAGAAGCUACAUGUGAAAACAUGGGGAGGUUGGACCACAGAAGCGCUACAGGAGUGGGGCUCUUAUAUGAAACUCGCCAUCCCCAGUACACUGAUGCUAUGUUUUGAAUGGUGGAUCUAUGAGCUUGGGGGAUUCCUUGCAGGCAUGCUGAGUGAAGUGGACCUGGCUGCUCAACAUGUGGUCAUAAUGCUGGCUUUCAUCAACUACAUGUUCCCCAUGGGGAUCCAGGCUGCAGCAUGUGUUCGUGUGGGGAAUGCUCUUGGGGCCGGAGACACAGCUGGGGCCAUCCUCACCAGCAAGGUGUCCCUCGCCCUCUCAGGUUCAAUGGCAGUAAUUCAGGGAAUUGUGCUGAUCUCUACUAAAACAGUGAUAGCCUUCAUGUUUACUUCUGAUGAACAGAUCAUAGAUCUGGUCUCUCAACUUCUCAACGUGUACUGUGUCCUUCAGUUCUUUGAUGGGCUAGUGUGUGUGUGCAUGGGCAUCAUCCUGGGCACGGGCAAACAGAAGAUAGCAGCGAUGGCUAAUCUUAUCACCUACUACUGUGUGGGUCUUCCACUGGGCAUCUCUUUGAUGUUCACAGCUGGCCUCAAGGUCCUAGGGUUCUGGUUAGGCCUGUUCAUCUGUGUAAUUCUACAGUCCACUUUCUUCAUCACUGUCAUCUUCAGGCUCAACUGGAAGAGAAUGACAGAGAAGGCUGUGAAACGAGCUGGAAAGGCUGGACAUAUAGUGAGGAAUAUAGUUGCACCUGACCACACAGAGAACAGUGGAAGUACAGUGAAUGGAUACAUUUCAGUGAGUACUGAGGGCCAGGAAGACCUCAGGGGAAGCAAUGGGACCCCAGAGGUGAAGAGGGAGGAUAGGAGCCCCCGUGGACUGCUCUCCACCACCCAGCUGGUCCUGAGGAGAGGUCUCACUGUACUGGCUGCCAUUGUCAUCCUGGCUGUGGGGACCAGUGUACACCUUCUCCUGCCUCUACCAAUCAGCUCAUGGAGCAAUCUGAGUGUAGACUGGAGCAACACUACCUUUACCACUACCUCCCCCCCUGAACUCACCCCGUCAACAGUUCUCAUCUAGGAGACAUACCUGGGGGACAAACAGACCCUGGAACAAGACAAUAGAGGUGCUGUCAUAGACAUGCUGUGUCAGUGAAUCUGUUAUAUCACCAAUUAUUACACCUGAAACAGCCCUUUUCUUCAAUCUAGAGCCAUAGUCAUUUUGCCUAAUUCUGUGUAAAACAAAACAUUUUUUAAAGUAUAUUUUUCUGCAUAGGUUAUCUAAGCAUACCUGUUCAAUUGUAAUUUUAAUUAAUGAUGCACAUUUACUAAUUGCUUGCUUUUCUAAAAAAAUGGGUUCCAAAAGGGUUCUGCGGCUGUCCCCCUAGGAUAACCCAGGGUUCUACCUGGAACCAAAAAGGGUUCUACCUUAUCCUAGGCGGACAGCCGCAGAACCCCUUUGGAACGCAUUUUUCUUAGGUUCCCAACCUCAUAACUAAACUCUAUCUAGCUGGCUAGCUAAAGCCAACUUGAAGAAGGAAUAAAUAGGCUACACAGUUUGAUUAAAUUAAUUUACAAACAUACCAUUCUGCCCAUCACUGGCAGCUAUAAUCAAAUCAAAUGCUGUGUGUGUCACUCUACACUCUCUCUCUCAUCCUACACUGAUGAUAUUGCACACACUAGAGUUUCUAGCUUCCUGCCUAAGUAUAUCUUU